AUGACCCUCUUUAACCCAACCUCGAUCCUCGUGGGGUUUCUGCUCCUUUACCUCUCGUCCUUUUUCAUCUUCGCCAUCGUCCGGAUCGCGACGGGAAUAUCCAUUCAACGGAUUGGUUACUUCUCACUACGUCGGAUCGCAUACACGCCGAAGGAAGGACUACAUAUUGAAAUCCGCGGCCUCGGAUUCUCGCUACACCCCCCGUCAUUCGCCCAGCCAACAUGGAUCAGCAUUCGAUUGACGGAUUUGAAGGUCACGGUGGACUCUUCGACUCUAGGGAAAGGAAAAAGCGAGGCGCCCCAGGGCAUUUUGGAGUCUCCCGGCCCCUCCAGCCCGUCCGAAGACCGUGCCACGCCUGAUUUGAGCGAGAGAAGCGGGAGAAGCAAAACAUGGAGGACCUUGACGCGAAUUAAGGAGCGCCUGAAGCGGCUGCACCGGCAAAUCAAUUGGUUGGCCUUGGUGGACUUGACUGCUAUCAAUACAACAGUGCAUUUCGUCGAAGCUGGCCAGAUCCAGGUGGGAUCGCUUUCACUCUCGGUCGACACUCGGAGUAAAAUGGUGGAACGGGGCAAGCUAUUUCGUCGCAAGAAGGAUAUGUCGCGAGAACAACGCCCGGCCGAAUGGAUAAUGAACGUGCAGAAUGUUUUACUCAAUGUCGACGGUCGAGAGCCAAUUGAAGUGUUGGAUAAUGUGGGCGUGAACCUCCAUGGUCUUCUCUACAAGGACUUGGACGGGCUCAGGGAUGCAUCGGUGGCCUUGAAGAUUGGACGGAUGCAUGUACCAUACGACGAUCUUCGCACCAUGUUGCAACGCAUCAAACCGGCCCAGAAAUCCGCAACAGGACCCACAAGCGUGGAAACCGAUGACGAGAUGUCAUUUGCCGACUUUGUGGAGGAGCUUGACAAGCCUGGAAGCCGGGAUGACUCCAUUGUUCAGACUGUGGCAGAUUCCAAGGAGUUUGCAAGCUCCCUGCUUCGUGGUAUUCAGGAGAUCCAGAUCGCUCUGAGUUUCUUCCGAGUCUCACAGAGCAUCCAGUCUCUGUCCGCAGGCCAAACCCCGGUUUAUCUGAAUGUGGUUUCUCACGAGCUUGGAAUCGAUCUUCAUCGGAUGGACCAAAAGAGUCCAGAGCAUCGCAUGUAUUUCCAGCGAAACGAUAUCGCCCACCAAGCUCUUCUUGCUGCAAUCUCUCUUUCAGUCAGCUUAGACGACGGGUCGGGCGAGACGGAUAAUAUUCUAUACAUCCCCAUGGCUACGACGACCAUCAAGACAACGUUACCAUCGAAGACAGUGAACGCCUUUGACGACAAGAAUGCCGAAGAGCGGAACACGAAUGUCCUAUUCGCAAAUUUGGUUGUCACAUCACCCUCCGUCGACCUCCAGCCGAAACACGGUUCCAGGCUUCUAAAGCUGGUCCAGAGCCGAGCCUCAUCUCCCCGAGGGAAGAAGCGAGAUAACCAUCAUUUGAUUUCUCGGUUGCUUCCGAAGGCAAGCAUCAAAUUAUCAGUUCACGAGCCUGUGGUCCGGUUCGUUUUGCCGAUUGAAAAAGAGUCUGGUACUCCCGAUGACUACAACCUUCUUAUUUCCUCGAUCUCCUCCAUUUCGCUCGAUAUCGAAUCCUCCCAUUCUUCCGAAGGAGGUGCUCACUAUUCCCUUUCUUCCGUGUACCGAGUUGCCUCCCAUAAGUUUUACUACCAGACUCCGGCGGGCAACAAACACAACCUGCUUACAAACGAGAACAUGGAGCUAAAGGCCCAUCUGAACGCCACCCCAGAGGUCUGUGUGAUUGCUUCAGGAAGCCUGAACGAGUGCUCAGUACACAUGAUCGACGGUGAGGUGAACCGUGGCAUCCGCGAAGUUUUGCAGCAGUUCAUAACUCAGAUGCAAUCGUCAAAGAGAGUCCCAAUGCCAACAAACGAACGAAAAGCAAGUCCAUUGAGACGUGUGCCCGCUUGGCUGCUCCAGUUCCAGUUUGAAGCCACAGGAUUUAGCGUGGAGAUUGCUGGAGUGGACAGCACGGUUUCUGAUAUCUCCCGCGGUGUUUCUUUCCAAUUGCAAACAUGGACUGCAGACUACAAAGCCCAAAAAAUCGAGUCAAAUGUUGGAAGCAUCUCUAGACGACGUACUCCAAGCCAUUCUACCAUCGGCGAUGAGUCCCCCUUUCGAUUCCCGCCUACCUCACCCCCUAAGAGCACUCAACGCGGUGCUGCGGAUGGUCGACGACUGGCGAUUCACGCUCGUGGGUUCGACGGCUUCGUCAUUGAAUCAGAAGAUUAUCUUGAACCCGAGCCGUUCUUUUCCCUACCUCGAUUUGAGAUCGCAAUAAGCACCAGUAGUGAUCGUCUCGGACCGGUUCUGCACGUCACAUCUGUCUUCAAGGGCAUCUACCUGCAAUACUCAUUGUACCGGUUCUACUGUCUUGGCGUUGCAGUCUCGGUCAUCCAAGAUGUGCUCACGCCUCUGCCAGACAAGUAUGCAGACUUAACCCUUGGCAAAUCUAGGGGACAUGCCAGCAUAUCCAUGCCACCCCCUCCAGCUUAUAAAUGGUCACCCAGAAAGGAGUUGAUCACGUAUGACGUCAAGGCAACAGUUGUUCAGCUCAAGGCGAACUUGCCCAAUGAUCCGCAAAUGAUGGUCCAGAUCUAUGGACUCGCGGGUGCUUCCCAGCGUCUUUCGACUCCUUAUGUCAGGGCCAAUCUUGUUCGCUUGCAUGCAGAGGCCCCGAAGCUCAAGGGUAUCUGGACGCGAAUUGGCAGUAUGAACAAUGUCAGACUCGAUUUCCGCACAAAGAAAAUGAAGCAUGGUAACGAACUGGUCGAAGAAAAGUCUAUCGAUUUGUGGACGGACUUUAUCCGACUGGGCGUGCCUCAUCACAUGGUCAUGCACCGCAUCUUCGAUAACCUGAUCAACACAUCCAAGGCCUUCAAACAGUUGCGCCAUCGCUUCAAGAACCGCUGCAGAGACUUUGUGUCCGAGAGAGAACCAGAAGCACCGAAGAAGGUUCCAAGAAUUUCCCUGCGAAGUAAAGCACUUCUGUUUGAGCUGGAAGACGACGGCUUUGAAUGGAAACUGGGUUGCAUCUAUCGGGUUGGUCUAAUUGAGCAGGCUCAACGGCUAGCCCGGGCGGAUGCAUUCAAUUUGAAAGCCCAGAAAGUCAGAGACUGCGAUCAACGGCGCGCCACGUCCCGGCUACGAGCCAAAUCGAGCAGUCGGACGCUGCGCAGUGAGCGAACCAGCCAAGAUACCAGGCGAAGCAGAAGCGCCGAACCACGACCCAGACCCGGCACGCAGGAGCGUGGUAGAGGUCGGAAAUAUCGAUACGACACCGAGGGUGCGACUUGUCUUUCAUCAGAACAAAAAAUCUCCACGGAUUCUGCCUGGGGCCGACUCCAGCAAUAUAAUGCCCAGGUCUGGAAAGAAAAGAUUGACGCAGCGCUCAAGUUCCAGGGCACUUCUAUCAAAGAAGUCAGAAAUCUCUUUUGUGGUGCAGAUGAGCCUCCUGCCGAUAUCAAGGAGACUGAGACUAUCCUUGCCAUUCCAAACAGACCUGGCCUGAUGUCAGCUCUGAUCAGUGAUGUCAAUCUUGUCAUUGACAAGCCCUCAUUCGCUAUUGAUGAGUUCCCGGCCUUUAUCAACCGAAUCGGAAAGGGAAUGCCCAUGUCCAUGCAAUACGGUCUGCUUAUUCCUAUGAGCUUUAAUCUGGAAGUGGGCGAGGCUCGUGUCAAUUUGCGAGACUAUCCCCUGGAUCUGUUGCACAUUCCAGCCUUACGCCCAGGACAGUCGCCGAGACUUCCCAGUUGGUCCUUGCGGACAGACUUUGUCAUUGCCGAAGAAUGGCGCAACCACGAAUCUGCAAGACAGGUGGAGGUUGAACUUGUGCCUGCCUCUGAAGGAGCCGACGGAGCUACCCGGAAGCCGUAUAAGAUUCCUGUCUGGCGUUCCGUCACUCCGGUCAAGACUUACUCUGACCCCGUCAUUGAGAUCAACACAAGCUUGCCGACAAGCAUUUCGUGGGGUGUUUCAUACCAACCUGUCAUUCAAGAUAUGAUGAAGAUCAUCGAAGGCUUCACUAAGCCUGAGAUUGAUCCUUCUGAACGGGUUGGCUUCUGGGACAAGAUCCGGCUUAGCUUCCACUCCCGAAUUAGGGUGAUUUGGAAGGAAGACGGCGAUGUUCAUCUACGCCUCAAGGGUUCCCGUGACCCGUAUGUGGUGACAGGCUUUGGAAGUGGAUUUGUCAUGUGCUGGCGAAGAGAUGUCAAAUUGGACAUCAAUACCAGUGAUAAUCCCAUGGAGUUUAUGAGUGUCACCAGUGGAGAAUAUGUGCUCGCUAUCCCCGACUACAGUACCGAAGCACGUUGGGCAAAUGAGGCGACCACAGAAGAACUACUGGAAGACAGUUCUGCUUCCAGUGAACAGAAGAAUGCCGCUCACUUCAAGAAAGUUGUCAUGAAACUAUCCGGCGACGUCAAAUGGGCAACUGGCUUGGUCUUUGAACGCGACGUUGACAAUGAUUCACGAUCCUUCUCCUUCAAGCCGCAUUACGAGGUUGUCCUCAAGAACCCUAAAUACAUCGACCUAGAACAGCGCUCAAACUAUGAUGCCUACCGCGGCUUCCGCAGUGACCACAUCCAUCUGUCUGUUUCAGUCAUUGCACCGCAAAGCAGAAACUGGUCUGUCGAUACUGUUCAGCCAUCUUCGAGCUACAACACCGUCCAUCUUACCCCACGAUUCUUUACACACUUUUUCAAUUGGUGGUCUCUUUUCUCGGGUGUGAUGUCGCUUCCUGUUCGCCAGGGACCGCUCUGGCCAGGAAUCACAAAGACGAGCAAGAAGUUCAAUCGUCACUUGGCAACUGUCAAAUACAAACUUCUGCUUGCGCCCCUGUUUGUGGCUCACAUAUACAAACACAAGGACCGCGAAGACUACGCAGAAGACGUUGUAACGGCUACAGGUCUCAAGGUUCGACUUGAUUGCCUGAAGCUUGACAUUCACCAGCGACGUGAACAGAUCAAAACUCAAGCCCGUGGUCGCUCAAAGCAGACCCGCACCAGUGCGAUGCGCAUCAACCAAGCUCAGAUUGAUCUUCAGUCUGCGGACUUCCGCGCUGUGUCUGCCACUAUUGAGGGAACAACAGCGGAGGACAUCGAGCGCAACAAGGACGAUAUUAUUUCUUCCUUCCAGCAGCCAGUUCCAUCAGUUGAUCUAUCUCGAUUUACUAUCCCCGAUCACAACCUGGACUGGGUUGACAUGGAUGACUUCGUGGAACCAGACUGGAUUCUCCCACAGGAAUCAAAUCCUCGCACCCACAUCUUGCCGCUCGCCUUUACUCCGCGCUUCACGUACUUCCGCAACACAGAUCAUGGUGAUGUAGGACCCGAAGAAACGGGCUACAGUACCUUUGGAGAUGAACCAACCCACGAAUGUGUCAUGUCCGAAACGAACGAUCCUCGCCGCGUCCAGAUCGAAUUGGUCAAGGAUCGUCUCGCCACAGUUGAAGCUCAAACUCGCAACUUUGAACAUACUAUCGGAGAGCUAGAACUCAAGCUCAUGAAGGACGUGGAACACGAUCCGAGUCUUAAGGAGGAGCAUGAAAUGUUCCUUCGCCAAGCCCAAUCUCUGGCUAGACGGCGCAAGUUCUUGACUUCAACUCUCAAUCGUCUCGAGAGACACCUUACACGCGAUGAGCGGUCAGCCAACAGCAAUAGCAAUAUGCUUGGCAACAACGUGGUGCCUAGCAGCGCGUCUUUCCAGACUGGGCGAACAGGACGGGAUGCCGACUCCACGAUUGAUGGCCGUUCUUCAGGCCUGGAUGGAAUCUACGCCUCGGGCAACGAUGAGUUCUCUAGUGAUUUCAACAAUCGUUUCAUGAUCCACAAUGUGCAGCUUAAGUGGAACAACUCGCUCCGGAAUAUCAUCUUGCGGUACAGCCAUCAAGUGAGUCAGCGGCGUGGAUUCGUGUACUACAUGUCUCGGCGCGCUGUCAAGUUCAUUCUCGACAUUGUGGAAGAACAGAACAAAAAUAAGCGCAAGCAGCCAAAAAUGUCUAAGACGCAAACUCGGAGCGAAUACAACGACGAAGAAGAAGAUGUGGAUGAUCGCAUCGAACAGUUGCUGAACGACGCCAAGCGCUAUGUCAAUGUCGAAGAGACUGAUCCACCCGACUCGAACGCUCAAUCGCCUUCCAACUCGGACAAUUCGAGUGAGAAUAUUGCACCGGAAUUCACCCCCCAGAACAGUUACCACUUGCGUCUUAUUGCGCCUCAAAUCCAGCUUCUCAGCGAAAAGAACAGGAAAUCGGUCUUGCUCGUGGCCGCCAAAGGCAUGGAGCUCAAGGUCGUUUCCAUCAUGGACAAAGAACGUGUUUCCGAUGAUGUGAGCGGCUUGGUGCAGCGCCGUUUCUCCUUGGAAAUGGAUGGUGCCCAAUUCUUCGUUGCCACUCAGAAGAACUUGAUGACCAACUUGCAGUUCUACGCUGGCAACAAGUAUGGAAAUGCACCGGGAUCAGCGUGGCCCCCGUGGUUGACACUUGAAGCCAUGUUCGAUUUCGAGUUGAAUCCAUUUGGAUUCUCUCGUAUCGUGCAGAAGACAUCUGCUACCUUGCGCUACGACAAGUACAACAAUCUGCGCCUCAAGUAUAACGAAGAGGUUGCCAAGGGACAAGGGCCACACACUGAUGAUCAAGAAGAUCGGAUCGACACGAUCAGCGUGGACUUCCCUCAUUUCCGUGCGAUUUGCGAUUCUGCAGAGUAUUAUUCCAUGUACAUCAUUGUGCUGGAUCUCAUGCUCUACAGCGAGCCACUUGAGAAGGUCCGGAACGAGCGCCUCGAGAGGAUCAUGCUCACUUCCGACUUCAGUGAUCUUCGCGGUGCCCCCGAGAUGGUCUUCAAGCUUCAAGCACGCAUUCGUCAAUUGGAAGAGAUCAAGGAAUAUUUCCAGAUCAAUGCCAAGUUCCUGGACAAACAGGGCUGGGAAGAUCGGUUGACUCUCGAACGCGACCUAUCUGAAUGCGAGGACGAGCUGUUCUUCAUGAUGAAGGCAAUAACCACUUCUCAACGGCGGAUGGAACCGAGCUCCUCUAGGGCAAAUGGCGUCAAUGGCGUCCUGCGUUGGAGCAUAUCCGCCAGUGAAGUCGUGUGGCACCUGAUGAAGGAGGCUACCGAGCCGUUGAUUGAGUUCCAGCUGCGAAAUGCCACGUAUGAACGAACUGACAAUACCGAUGGCUCGAACCACAAUUUGGUUGCCAUCGAGCGCCUAUUCGGAUUGAACUUGCUUCCCGAUGCUAUCUAUCCCCAGAUUAUUGCACCGUAUCUCGAUGGAGCUCGCACCUUGGAUGACUUCAUGCUGCGCGUUAAAUGGCACAUGCUUGAGGCUGUGGCUGGUAUUCCCGUGGUUGAUAACUUUGAAGUGGCAUUGUUCCCGCUGAAGGUUCAGCUCGAACGUGAGCUUGGUCAGAGAGUCUUUGAAUACAUCUUCCCUAAUGUGGGCUCUACUGCCUUUGAGAAUGGUGGCUUCUCGCCUUUCAUGAUCAAGAAUAUGAAGCCGGUUGAUGGGUCUGAUGAGGAAGAUGAUGACGAGGCUUCCAGCGGAACGCCUCUCACUCGCUCGACCAGUAUCGAUGGAGCGGAUACUUCGUCUAUGGACAGCCUCGCCAUUUCCAAGGGACCUGGCGCUAUCGAGCUGAGACUUCAGCCUACGCUCUCACUUUCGGAUGAGGCUAAGUCGCGCGGUCAUCGCUCCGAUCAUGUUAAGGGUCUUGCAAUGACACCAAUUAACAAAGACAACAAUCGACUUGGUGUAUCUGACACUGCGCGCCAAAAUGGCCGUCCUUCGACCACUGGUGGUCUCAGCAAGAAGAAAUCUGCCGACAGCAUUCGCAUGUUGACGAAGCAGGCCACGGAAAGAUCUCUGUCGUCUCACAGUGCUGGCGAAGAAAAUCGCAAGAAGUUCGGAAUAGGCAAGGGAUCCAACAAGAAUGGCAAGUCUAAGGAGCCCACCGACGACCUGUCCCAGAUGAUCUCCCGCGCCUCCAAUUACAUGACCCUUGCCCAUGUCAAGGUCAACGAUGUGGUUCUCUGCAUGAGCUACAAGGGCAAAGGCGAACACAAUCUCGAGGAUCUGCAUGAUUUUGUCUUCCGCCUUCCAGUCCUCGAAUACAGUAACAAGACAUGGUCGAAUCUGGAUCUGGCCCUGCGUCUAAAGAAGGAUGUCAUCAAGGCUCUCAUCUCGCACGCCCCUGCUAUUCUUGGAAACAAGUUCUCUCAUCACCGCCCCUCCAAGCAGCAACAAAAGCGUUUCCGAGAACAAGCGUCUUCUUCUCAACUCUUGCCGAAUGCGUCUAGCAUUAUGAACCAGUCCAAUAGCAGAGCCCAUAGCCUGGCGAGCUAUGACUCCAACAGCGAAUACUCUGAGUCACGGUCGCGGAAGUCUAUGCAAUCCAAUGCUUCCCCGUUGGCUAGAUCUAUAUCAUUGAGUUCAGACACUCGUGAUACGCAGGAUACUGAGACUCCUAUCCAUGACUCCCGUUCAGCCAAUGAAGUGGAUGUGGAUUCUCGCUGGGAGGCAUCGCGUCGAUUUGUUAACCCUCCCCCUCCAGAGAGGCCCAUGACCUCAGGUCACUUGUCUGUAACCGGAUCCAACAAGAAUGAUCAGGAUGAUAGCAACAUCAAAACACUCCGCAGCAUCGGCCGAAAAUUGACUUUCCGAAAGUGA